UAUCUGGUUAGGCCUGAGUUGAAAGCAAGCUGGUGACAUGCUGACAUGGUUCCCGGGUUACUCAGUAACCUUGCCCUCUUUAAAAAUCCCACUGUUUCCCCCUGGCAUCCAGAACCGACCGCUUCUCCCUCCUGGGCACUGCUGCCAUGAAUACCUUCCUGCUCUCUGCACUGUGCCUCCUCGGGACCUGGGCAGUCCUGGCAGGGGGAGUCACCGUACAGGAUGGAGAGUUCUCUUUUUCUCUGGAGUCAGUGAAGAAGCUCAAAGACCUUCGGGAGCUCCAGGAGCCCAGCAUUCGGAACCGUAGUAAGAGUGGUGGGCCCGUGGUUCCCAAAGCCUGCAGCCACCAGAAGUUUCCCGAAGAACUCAAGCCUCUCUGCAAGGAGCCCAAUGCCCAGGAGAUCCUCCGGAGGUUGGGGCCGCCAGGAUGGAGUGAGGGAGGAAAUGUCUUCCUUCCAUCUAGAGCUGGCCAGAGGGUCCUGGGGAGCCCAGGAAGAUCAGGAACAUGAUGCUGGAGAAGCAGAGAGUGACUCGGGUUCAAGUCCCGGCCCUCUCCUUCCUAGCGGGGCCUGGGCAUGCCUCUUACACUCUCCGGGCUGGAGUUUCCCUGCUGACUCUGUGGACAGCAUCAACUGACAGGGUGGCCGUGAAGAGAGAAGACCAGCAAAGGGACUGACACAGGCCUGGCACUUAGUAGGUGCUCAAUAAAUGCUAGUAAGUCGCUAUUGUCA